AUGUAUGUAAAAUGGUUUGAUACAGUAAUGUUUUACUAUUUGAUUUUAGUGUAUUUAGUGAAUGUCACUUUUUGUCAUUUUCAAAUUUCCCGCCAGUUCCGUCCCCUGUACGUCCCGACGCUCGCAGGGGAUGGAACCCAGAUGACAGAUGCCGGCAUCCGCCGGAGGACAUUGCCGAGGACACUGCAGGAGGAAUCUGUGAAGAACAGAUCCCGGAGCAACGCCACAUGGUAAGCCCGAGUGUAGCUCGGGGUUACCGCUUUUGCUACACUCGGCAAUACCGCCAGGGAGGUUA